AAAGCAGAUGAAGAACCAAAGAAACGUGCGUCACCAACGCCAAAGACAGUAGCCGCGAUUCCCCGUACUUACAUGAAUCCGGAGAAAUCAUACAUCUUGGUUGGCGGUCUCGGUGGGUUCGGUCUGGAGUUGGCCGACUGGAUGAUCAGCCGCGGCGCCAAAUUUAUCGUUCUCGUAUCACGCUCAGGCAUACGUACCGGUUAUCAAGCACUGUGUGUACGUCGCUGGCGCGAAAGUGGCAUACAAAUUGUUGUUUGCACAGAGAAUAUUACGACGUUAAUGGGUGCUAAAAGUUUAAUUCAAAAAAGCAACCGCAUCGCUCCGGUAGGCGGUAUAUUCAAUUUAGCAGCCGUCCUUCGUGAUGCUCUCAUCGAAAAUUUGGAAGAAGCCGAUUUCAAGACGGCUCUUUCACCGAAAAUCGAUAUUACAAAAAAUUUAGACGCGGUAUCGAGAAAACUCUGCCCAUCGCUCGAUUACUUUGUGGUAUUUUCGUCUGUAUCAAGCGGUCGUGGGUCAAACAAACUACGGUUUCGCAAACUCAGCCAUGGAAAGAAUGAUGGAAGAGAGGCAGACUAAUGGUUUACCUGGUCUUGCCAUUCAAUGGGGUGCCAUCGCAGACGUUGGCUUAAUCAUGGGUAAUAUUAUAUUAAUAUAUGAAAUGUUCCAAAAAAAUAGAAAUCUUUUUUUUAAUCAAAUUCUUGAAUGAAUCGUCUCUCCAAACUUUUUCCGAUUUGCCUUUUCUUUACCUUUGU